AUGGGCGGCCAUGAUGGAGCCCCUGGAGCAGACAGGGAUGUUGAAAAUAAAAUGAUUGUAUUCAUAAAACAUGAGCUGGAGAUGUUUAAGAAGCUUCUAACAGAUAAAAAUACAAAAUAUUAUGAAGACGUGAGGGAAGAUCUGUGGAGUGUUAAAGAUGCAGCUCUUGAUAUGGCCUUGUACUUCCUGAAGUUGAUGGAACACAGUGUUCUUGCUGAUGCUCUCCAAGAUGCUCUAAUAGGAUUCCAGCAGCGUAAACUUAAAUCAAACCUGUGUAAGAAGUAUACUCGUGUAUCAGAAGGAAUUGCAAAGCAGGGAGAGUCCAACAAUCUGAACAAGAUCUACACAGAUCUGCACAUCACUGCUGGUGGACAAAUGAAUGAACAGCAUGAGUUCGGACAAGUUGAAAAAAAAAAAACUAAUGUAAAAACUGAAGAAAGCAAAAUGGACUUGGAGCAACAAAUCGAAUGCAAAAGCAUUUUCACACCAUUACCUGGAGAAGAAGACAAACCCAUCAGAACUGUGGUGACACUGGGGGUCGCUGGCAUCGGAAAAUCUAUCUUUGUGCAAAAGGUUGUUCUAGACUGGGCUGAAGGAAAAGAAUAUCAGGACAUCAAGUUCAUAUUCCCACUGCCUUUCAGAGAACUGAACCUAAAGGACAAAGACAUUUACAGUUUGAAGGACAUCAUCUAUCAAUUUUUCCCAGAAGUAAAAGGAAUGAGAUUCACAGAUAAGUAUAAAGUCAUGUUUAUCUUCGAUGGCCUGGACGAGUGUCGACUUCCUCUAACAUUUGGUGAAAAUCAGAAGUGGACUGAUGUAUCAAUGCCAACCCCACUGGACACUAUAAUGACAAACCUCAUUCAAGGAAAUCUGCUUCCAUCUGCUCUCAUCUGGAUAACCACUCGACCAGCAGCAGCUGCUAAGAUCCCUGCUGAACACGUGGACCGGGUCACAGAGGUGCGCGGCUUCAAUGAUGAUCAGAAGGAGGAAUAUUUCAGAAAGAAAAUCAGUGAUGAGACUCUGGCCAACAGAAUCAUUGAUCAUGUUAAAGGAUCGAGAAGCCUCUUCAUCAUGUGUCAUAUUCCUGUCUUCUGUUGGAUUUCAGCUACUGUACUUGAGGGGAUUUUGGGACAGCCAGACAAUGAAGACAUUCCACAGACUCUGACGGAUAUGUACACGUACUUCCUCAUCUUUCAGACUGUACAGGGGGACAAGAAAUAUAACAGAAAGACUGCAUCAGACAUUCCGUGGGAUAAAGAGGGAAUUCUUUCACUGGGAAAUCUCGCCUUUAGUCACCUGGAAAACAACAACCUGAUUUUUUAUGCACACGAUCUGGAAAAGUGUGGAAUUGACCCCAGUAAAAUAGCGGUGUACUCAGGAGUGUGUACUCAGGAGACUGGCAGAUUCUUAGGCACAGUCUUCAGCUUUGUACAUCUCAGCAUUCAGGAGUUUGUUGCUGCUUUGUUCACAUACGUAUCUGUCAGAAAUGAAAACAAGAAUGUUUUUGAACGAUCAGAAGAGAGCAAAGAUACAGAAGUUAUUGAUUUGCUCAAAAUGACAGUGGACAAGGCUUUGAAGAGUGAGAAUGGACACUUGGACCUUUUCCUCCGCUUCCUUCUGGGUCUCUCACUGGAGUCUAAUCAGAAGCUCAUUCGAGGUCUGCUGACACACACAGGAAGCAGCUCUGACUGCAAAAAGGACAUAGUCGAGUACAUCAAGAACAAACUUGAUGAAAAUCCAUCUCCUGAAAGAUCAAUCAAUCUAAUUCACUGUCUGAAGGAGUUAAAUGAUGAUUCACUAGUGAAAGAAAUCCAAAGCUACUUGAACUCAGAUAAACUCUCUAAAGCUGAACUCUCACCUGCUCAGUGGUUUGCUCUGGUCUUUGUGUUGCUGACAUCAGAGGAGGAUCUGGAAGUGUUUGAGCUGCAAAAGUUCAUAAGAUCAGACGAAUGCUUUAAGAGACUCGAGCCUGUUGUAAAGGAAGCCACAACAGCUCUACUCAGUGAGUGUAACCUGACAGAGAGAAGCUGCUCCGCUUUACACACAGUUCUCAGCUCAGAAUCCUCCAAGCUGACUGAGGUGGAUCUGAGCAGUAAUCCUCUGGAGGACUCAGGAGUGAAGCUGCUUUGUGCUGGACUGAAGAGUCCAAACUGUAAACUGGAGACACUGAAACUUUCAGACUGCAGUAUAAGAGGGGAAGGAUACACUGCUCUGGCUGAAGCUCUGAAAUCAUCUCACCUGAUAGAGCUGGAUCUCAGAGGGAACGACCCUGGAGACUCAGGAGUGAAGCUGCUCACUGAUUUACUACAGGAUCCAGACUGUACACUGAACACACUGAGUUUGUUAAAAAGUCCUGAAGCAGAGGAAGCCUGUAAAUCUCUGACUGAGGUUCUGGGUACAAACCCCUUACUGCAGAGAGAACUGGAUCUGAGUGGGAAAAUAAAAGGAGACUCAGGAGUGAAGCAGCUCUCUGUUCUACUGGAGGAUUCACACUGCAGACCUCAGACACUCACGCUAAAGGACUGUGGUGUUAGAGAAGCAGGCUGUUCUGCUCUGUCUUCAUCUUUACAGUUAAACCCUGCACACAUAAGAGAGAUGGAUCUGAGUGAGAAUAAGUUUGGAAACUCUGGAGUGCAGAAGCUUUGUGCACUGCUGCAGCAUCGACCCUGUAACCUGCAGACACUGAGACUUUCAGACUGCAGUAUAAGAGAGGAAGGAUACACUGCUCUGGCUGAAGCUCUGAAAUCAUCUCACCUGAUAGAGCUGGAUCUCAGAGGGAACGACCCUGGAGACUCAGGAGUGAAGCUGCUCACUGAUUUACUACAGGAUCCAGACUGUACACUGAACACACUGAGUUUGUUAAAAAGUCCUGAAGCAGAGGAAGCCUGUAAAUCUCUGACUGAGGUUCUGGGUACAAACCCCUUACUGCAGAGAGAACUGGAUCUGAGUGGGAAAAUAAAAGGAGACUCAGGAGUGAAGCAGCUCUCUGUUCUACUGGAGGAUUCACACUGCAGACCUCAGACACUCACGCUAAAGGACUGUGGUGUUAGAGAAGCAGGCUGUUCUGCUCUGUCUUCAUCUUUACAGUUAAACCCUGCACACAUAAGAGAGAUGGAUCUGAGUGAGAAUAAGUUUGGAAACUCUGGAGUGCAGAAGCUUUGUGCACUGCUGCAGCAUCGACCCUGUAACCUGCAGACACUGAGACUUUCAGACUGCAGUAUAAGAGAGGAAGGAUACACUGCUCUGGCUGAAGCUCUGAAAUCAUCUCACCUGAUAGAGCUGGAUCUCAGAGGGAACGACCCUGGAGACUCAGGAGUGAAGCUGCUCAUGAAUUUAAAGAAAGACCCAAAAUAUAAACUGAACACACUGAGGUUGGUGAAGACUGGUGCUGCACAGGAAGGCUAUGAUUUACUUUCUAGAGUUCUGGGUGAGAACCCCUUACUGCAGAGAGAACUCAAUGUGAGUGAGAAAAUCCACGGAGACUCCGAGGUGAAGCAGCUCUCUGCUCUACUGGAGGAUUCACACUGCAGAGCUCAGAUACUCAGGGUAAAUAAGGUCAGUAUGACGGCUGCAGGUUUUGCUGCUCUGACAUCAGCUCUGUGUUUAAACCCGUCACACCUGAGAGAGCUGGAGCUGAGUGAGAAUAAACUGGGAGGAUCAGGAGUGAAGGAGCUCUGUGAUGUGCUGAAGAACCAACAGAUCAGACUCAGCAAACUGGGGUUGUGUAAGUGCAGUCUAACUGAGGGUGAUUGUGCUGCUGUUGUAUCAGCUCUGUGUUUAAACCCCUCACACCUGAAGGAUCUGGACCUGAGUGAGAAUAACAUUGGAGACACAGGAGUGAAGCGUCUCUCUGAUCUACUGCAGAACACAAACUGCACUCUGGAGAAACUCAGAUUAAAAGGCUGUAGUCUCACACAAGAACAAUGUACUGAACUGGCUGAAGCUAUAAAAUCAGACUCCUCAUCACAUCUGAUAGAGCUGGACCUCAGAGGGAACUACAGAGUGUCAAGAUGGAAUAUUUUUAGUUAUUUCCUGGGUGAUUCAAAGUCUAAAUUAUUUGUGAGGAUCUUGGACAAUCCUGAAGCAGAAGCGGCCUGUCGUUAUCUGACUGAGGUUCUGGGUACAAACCCCUUACUGCAGACAGAACUGGAUCUGAGUGGGAAAAUAUCUGGAGACUCAGGAGUGAAGCAGCUCUCUGUUCUACUGAAGGAACCACACUGUAGAACUGAGACACUCAGGCUGAGUAAGAGCGGUAUUACAGAGAGAGGCUGUACUGAUCUGAUAUCAGCUCUUACUUCAAACCCUUCACACCUGACAGAGCUGGACCUGAGUGAGAACACCCUGGGAAAUGCAGGAGUGAAACAGAUCUCUACUCUACUGAAGAGUUCAUCCUGUAAACUCCAGAAACUUGUACUUUCAGACUGCAGUAUAACAGGUGAAGGAUACACUGCUCUGGUUAAAGCUCUGAAAUCAAAGCGCUCCUCACACCUGACAGAGCUGGACCUCAGAGGGAACGACCCUGGAACAUCAGGACUGAAGGAGCUCAGGACUUUAAUGAACGAUUCAAAUUGGAAACAGAAGACUUGGAGGUUGUUGAAAAGUCCUGAUGCACAGAGAGCUUGUGAUCAUCUGACUGGUGUUCUGGGUAUAAACCCCAUACUGCAGACGGAUCUGAAUCUGAGCGGGAAAAUAGACGGAGACUCAGGAGUAGAGCAACUCUGUGUUUUACUGAAGGAUCUACUGAAGGAUCCACACUGCAGACCUGAAACACUUCAACUCAGUGAGUGUAAUCUGACAGAGAGAGGAUGUUCAGCUCUGCUCACAGCUCUCAGAUCAGAAUCCUCCACCCUGAGGGAGCUGAAUCUGAGUAAGAACAGGAUUCAGGAUUCAGGAGUGAAGCUGCUCUCUGCAGAACUGAAGAAUAAACACUGGACACUGCAGACUGUCAGACUCUCAGACUGCAAUAUAACAGAGGGAGGAUACACUGCUCUGGCUGAAGCUCUGAGACUGAACUCACACCUGAUGGAGCUGGAUCUCAGAGGGAACGACCCUGGAGACUCAGGAGUGAAGCUGCUCCACGGUCCAAACUGUAAAGUAAAGACACUGAGGUUGUUGAACAGUGUCGAUGCAGGAGAAGCCCAGAAGUGGCUGACUGAUACUCUCAGGAUAAACCCCUUACUGCACCGGGAGCUGGACCUGAGCAACAGAAACCUUAAAGACCAAGUGAAGAGGAUCUCAGCUCUGCUGCAGGAUCCACAUUACAGACUGCAGACACUCACGUUGUGUAAGUGCAGUCUAACUGAGGGUGAUUGUGCUGCUGUUGUAUCAGCUCUGUGUUUAAACCCCUCACACCUGAAGGAUCUGGACCUGAGUGAGAAUAACAUUGGAGACACAGGAGUGAAGCGUCUCUCUGAUCUACUGCAGAACACAAACUGCACUCUGGAGAAACUCAAACUAAAAGGCUGUAGUCUCACACAAGGACAAUGUACUGAACUGUCUGAAGCUAUAAAAUCAGACUCCUCAUCACAUCUGAUAGAGCUGGACCUCAGAGGGAACUACAGAGUGUCAAGAUGGAAUAUGUUUAGUUAUUUCCUAAAGGGGAAUUCAAAGUCUAAAUUAUUUGUGAGGAUCUUGGACAAUCCUGAAGCAGAAGCGGCCUGUCGUUAUCUGACUGAGGUUCUGGGUACAAACCCCUUACUGCAGACAGAACUGGAUCUGAGUGGGAAAAUAUCUGGAGACUCAGGAGUGAAGCAGCUCUCUGUUCUACUGAAGGAACCACACUGUAGAACUGAGACACUCAGGCUGAGUAAGAGCGGUAUUACAGAGAGAGGCUGUACUGAUCUGAUAUCAGCUCUUACUUCAAACCCUUCACACCUGACAGAGCUGGACCUGAGUGAGAACACCCUGGGAAAUGCAGGAGUGGAGAAGAUCUCUACUUUAAUAAAGAAAACUUGCAAACUCCAGAAGCUGGUACUUUCAGACUGCAGUAUAAAAGACAAAGGAUACACUGCUCUAUUUAAAGCUCUGAAAUCAAACACCUCAUCACACCUUAAAGAGCUGGACCUCAGAGGGAAUGAGCCUGGAACAUCAGGACUGAAUGAACUUAGGAAUUGGAUGAAUAAUGCACAAUGUAAACUGAAGACACUGAGGGUGUUGGGUCCCAGUGCACAAAAUGCAUAUAAUGAUCUAAAAGAAGUUCUGGGUAUAAACCCCAUACUGCAGACAGAUCUGGAUCUGAGUGGCAAAAUAAAAGGAGACUCAGAAGUAGAGCAACUCUGUGUUUUACUGAAGGAUCUACUGAAGGAUCCACACUGCAGACCUGAAACACUUCAACUCAGUGAGUGUAAUCUGACAGAGAGAGGAUGUUCAGCUCUGCUCACAGCUCUCAGAUCAGAAUCCUCCACCCUGAGGGAGCUGAAUCUGAGUAAGAACAGGAUUCAGGAUUCAGGAGUGAAGCUGCUCUCUGCAGAACUGAAGAAUAAACACUGUACACUGCAGACUGUCAAACUUUCAGACUGCAGUAUAACAGAAGGAGGAUACGCUGCUCUGGCUGAAGCUCUGAGACUGAACUCACAUGUGAAAGAGCUGGAUCUCAGAGGGAACGACCCUGGAGUAUCAGGAGUGGAAAAACUCACUGCUUUACUACAGGAUCCUAAUAACAAACUGCAGACACUGAGAUUAUUUAAAAGUGAUGAUGCAGAGGAAGCCCACACACGUCUUAAUACAAUUCUAGGUAAAAACCCGUUACUGCAGAGGGAGCUGGAUCUGAGCAACAAGACACCCGGAGACAUCGGAGUGAAUCAGCUCUCAGCUCUGCUACAGGAUCCACAUUACACACUGCACACACUCACGUUGUAUAAUGAAGGCAGUAUUACAGAAGAUAAGUUUGUGACUCUGAUUUCUGCUCUGGGUUUAAAUCCUUCCCACCUGAGAGAGCUGAAUCUAAACAGGAAUAAACCAGGAGAGUCUGGACUGAGAAACCUGUGUGAUUUACUGAAGAAUCCCAAAUGUAAACUACAGAAACUAACACUGUGUAAGAGUGUAAGUGUGAAAUCCUGCACUGAUGUGGUUUCAGCUCUCUGUACAAAUCCAUCACACAUCAGAUAUCUGGAUCUGAGUAAAUGUGAACUAGGAGACUCAGGAGUGGAGAAGCUCUGUGAUCUACUGAAGAAACACGAGUGUAAACUGGAGACACUGAGACUCAGUGAGUGUAACCUGACAGAGAGAAGCUGCUCGGCUUUACACACAGUUCUCAGCUCAGAAUCCUCCAAGCUGACUGAGGUGGAUCUGAGCAGGAAUCCUCUGGAGGACUCAGGAGUGAAGCUGCUUUGUGCUGGACUGAAGAGUCCAAACUGUAAACUGGAGACACUGAGACUUUCAGACUGCAGUAUAAGAGAGGAAGGAUACACUGCUCUGGCUGAAGCUCUGAAAUCAUCUCACCUGAUAGAGCUGGAUCUCAGAGGGAACGACCCUGGAGACUCAGGAGUGAAGCUGCUCACUGAUUUACUACAGGAUCCAGACUGUACACUGAACACACUGAGUUUGUUAAGUCCUGAAGCAGAGGAAGCCUGUAAAUCUCUGACUGAGGUUCUGGGUACAAACCCCUUACUGCAGAGAGAACUGGAUCUGAGUGGGAAAAUAAAAGGAGACUCAGGAGUGAAGCAGCUCUCUGUUCUACUGGAGGAUUCACACUGCAGACCUCAGACACUCACGCUAAAGGACUGUGGUGUUGGAGAAGCAGGCUGUUCUGCUCUGUCUUCAUCUUUACAGUUAAACCCUGCACACAUAAGAGAGAUGGAUCUGAGUGAGAAUAAGUUUGGAAACUCUGGAGUGCAGAAGCUUUGUGCACUGCUGCAGCAUCGACCCUGUAACCUGCAGAUACUGAGACUCUCAGACUGCAGUAUAAGAGAGGGAGGAUACACUGCUCUGGCUGAAGCUCUGAAAUCAUCUCACCUGAUAGCGCUGGAUCUCAGAGGGAACGACCCUGGAGACUCAGGAGUGAAGCUGCUCACUGAUUUACUACAGGAUCCAGACUGUACACUGAACACACUGAGUUUGUUAAGUCCUGAAGCAGAGGAAGCCUGUAAAUCUCUGACUGAGGUUCUGGGUACAAACCCCUUACUGCAGACAGAACUGGAUCUGAGUGGGAAAAUAAAAGGAGACUCAGGAGUGAAGCAGCUCUCUGUUCUACUGGAGGAUUCACACUGCAGACCUCAGACACUCACGUUAAAGGACUGUGGUGUUACAGAAGCAGGCUGUUCUGCUCUGUCUUCAUCUUUACAGUUAAACCCUGCACACAUAAGAGAGAUGGAUCUGAGUGAGAAUAAGUUUGGAAACUCUGGAGUGCAGAAGCUUUGUGCACUGCUGCAGCAUCGACCCUGUAACCUGCAGACACUGAGACUUUCAGACUGCAGUAUAACAGAGGAAGGAUACACUGCUCUGGCUGAAGCUCUGAAAUCAUCUCACCUGAUAGAGCUGGAUCUCAGAGGGAACGACCCUGGAGACUCAGGAGUGAAGCUGCUCACUGAUUUACUACAGGAUCCAGACUGUACACUGAACACACUGAGUUUUUUGAAACAGGAUGCUGCACUGGAGGCCUGUAAAUGGUUAACAUCAGUUGUGGGUCAAAACCCUUUACUCCUAAAAGAGCUGGAUCUGAGCAGGAAGGAAGUCAGGGACUCAAAGAUGAAGGAGCUCUCAGUCCUCCUGGAAGACUCUCACUGCAAAUUUCAGAAAAUUAAGCUGAGUAACUGUAACCUGACUGAGGAGAGCUGUUCAUCUUUAGCCGGCGCUCUCAGAUUAAAGUCCUGUAGUGUGAGAGAGCUGGAGCUGAGUAACAACAGUCUGAGGGAUUCAGGAGUCUCUCAGCUUUCUGCUAGACUGAAGAAUAAACAGUGUAACCUGGAGAUCCUGAGGCUUAACACAUGUGAUUUAGAGGAGGAGAGCUGUUCAGUUCUAGCUGAAGUUCUCAAAUCCAAGAAUUCCCACCUGAGAGAGCUGGAGCUGAGUAACAACAGUCUGAGGGAUUCAGGAGUCUCUCAGCUUUCUGCUGGACUGAAAAGUCCUGACUGCAACCUGGAGAUCCUGAGCCUUAACACAUGUGAUAUAACUGAUGGAGGCUGUUCAGCUCUAGCUGAAGUUCUCAAAUCAAAGAAUUCCCACCUGAGAGAGCUGGAGCUGAGUAACAACAGUCUGAGGGAUUCAGGAGUCUCUCAACUUUCUGCUGGACUGAAGAAUAAACAGUGUAAACUCAGAACACUCAGACUGUGUGAGUGCAGUGUAACAGCUGAAGGCUGCGCUGCUUUAACUACAGCUCUGGGAGAAAAUCCCUCACACCUCAUAGAGCUGGAUCUGAGCGGGAAUAACGCAGGAGACUCGGGAAUAAAGCAGAUCUCUAAUCUACUACAGAAUUCACACUGCGUCCUGCAAACACUCAGAGUAAGUGACAAUAAUAUCAGAGGGGAAGGAUAUACUGCUCUGGCUGAAGCUCUGAAAUCAUCUCACCUGAUAGAGCUGGAUCUCAGAGGGAACGACCCUGGAGACUCAGGAGUGAAGCUGCUCAUGAAUUUAAAGAAUGACCCAAAAUAUAAACUGAACACACUGAGGUUGGUGAAGACUCGUGCUGCACAGGAAGGCUAUGAUUUACUUUCUAGAGUUCUGGGUGAGAACCCCUUACUGCAGAGAGAACUCAAUGUGAGUGAGAAAAUCCACGGAGACUCCGAGGUGAAGCAGCUCUCUGCUCUACUGGAGGAUUCACACUGCAGAGCUCAGAUACUCAGGGUAAAUAAGGUCAGUAUGACGGCUGCAGGUUUUGCUGCUCUGACAUCAGCUCUGUGUUUAAACCCGUCACACCUGAGAGAGCUGGAGCUGAGUGAGAAUAAACUGGGAGGAUCAGGAGUGAAGGAGCUCUGGGAUGUGCUGAAGAACCAACAGAUCAGACUCAGCAAACUGGGGUUGUGUAAGUGCAGUCUAACUGAGGGUGAUUGUGCUGCUGUUGUAUCAGCUCUGUGUUUAAACCCCUCACACCUGAAGGAUCUGGACCUGAGUGAGAAUAACAUUGGAGACACAGGAGUGAAGCGUCUCUCUGAUCUACUGCAGAACACAAACUGCACUCUGGAGAAACUCAGAUUAAAAGGCUGUAGUCUCACACAAGGACAAUGUACUGAACUGUCUGAAGCUAUAAAAUCAGACUCAUCACAUCUGAUAGAGCUGGACCUCAGAGGGAACUACAGCGUGUCAAGAUGGAAUAUUUUUAGUUAUUUCCUAAAGGGGAAUUCAAAGUCUAAAUUAUUUGUGAGGAUCUUGGACAAUCCUGAAGCAGAAGCGGCCUGUCGUUAUCUGACUGAGGUUCUGGGUACAAACCCCUUACUGCAGACAGAACUGGAUCUGAGUGGGAAAAUAUCUGGAGACUCAGGAGUGAAGCAGCUCUCUGUUCUACUGGAGGAUUCACACUGUAGAACUGAGACACUCAGGCUGAGUAAGAGCGGUAUUACAGAGAGAGGCUGUACUGAUCUGAUAUCAGCUCUUACUUCAAACCCUUCACACCUGACAGAGCUGGACCUGAGUGAGAACACCCUGGGAAAUGCAGGAGUGGAGAAGAUCUCUACUCUACUGAAGAGUUCAUCCUGUAAACUCCAGAAACUUGUACUUUCAGACUGCAGUAUAACAGGUGAAGGAUACACUGCUCUGGUUAAAGCUCUGAAAUCAAAGCGCUCCUCACACCUGACAGAGCUGGACCUCAGAGGGAACGACCCUGGAACAUCAGGACUGAAGGAGCUCAGGACUUUAAUGAACGAUUCAAAUUGGAAACAGAAGACUUGGAGGUUGUUGAAAAGUCCUGAUGCACAGAGAGCUUGUGAUCAUCUGACUGGUGUUCUGGGUAUAAACCCCAUACUGCAGACGGAUCUGAAUCUGAGCGGGAAAAUAGACGGAGACUCAGGAGUAGAGCAACUCUGUGUUUUACUGAAGGAUCUACUGAAGGAUCCACACUGCAGACCUGAAACACUUCAACUCAGUGAGUGUAAUCUGACAGAGAGAGGAUGUUCAGCUCUGCUCACAGCUCUCAGAUCAGAAUCCUCCACCCUGAGGGAGCUGAAUCUGAGUAAGAACAGGAUUCAGGAUUCAGGAGUGAAGCUGCUCUCUGCAGAACUGAAGAAUAAACACUGGACACUGCAGACUGUCAGACUUUCAGACUGCAGUAUAACAGAGGAAGGAUACGCUGCUCUGGCUGAAGCUCUGAGACUGAACUCACAUGUGAAAGAGCUGGAUCUCAGAGGGAACGACCCUGGAGUAUCAGGAGUGGAAAAACUCACUGCUUUACUACAGGAUCCUAAUAACAAACUUACACUGAGAUUAUUUAAAAGUGCUGAUGCAGAGGAAGCCCACACACGUCUUAGUAGAAUUCUAGGUAAAAACCCGUUACUGCAGAGGGAGCUGGAUCUGAGCAACAAGACACCCGGAGACAUCGGAGUGAAUCAGCUCUCAGCUCUGCUACAGGAUCCACAUUACACACUGCACACACUCACGUUGUAUAAUAAAGGCAGUAUUACAGAAGAUGAGUGUGAGACUCUGAUUUCUGCUCUGGGUUUAAAUCCUUCCCACCUGAGAGAGCUGAAUCUAAACAGGAAUAAACCAGGAGAGUCUGGACUGAGAAACCUGUGUGAUUUACUGAAGAAUCCCAAAUGUAAACUACAGAAACUAACACUGUGUGACAGAGUAAGUGUGAAAUCCUGCACUGAUGUGGUUUCAGCUCUCUGUACAAAUCCAUCACACAUCAGAGAUCUGGAUCUGAGUAAAUGUGAACUAGGAGACUCAGGAGUGGAGAAGCUCUGUGAUCUACUGAAGAAACACGAGUGUAAACUGGAGACACUGCGGAUGAACAGUUGUGGAGUAACAGAUGGAGGCGGAGCUGCUCUGACUGACGCUCUGAGAUUUAACUCCUCACAUCUGAAACAUCUGGAUCUGAGAGACAAUAAACUAACAGAAUCAGUCGCAAAGCGUCUCGAGGAGUUACUGACACGUUCAGGAGGAGAGCUACUAUAUGACAAGGACUCAUGGAUUUUAAUGAUUUUAAAGAACAAGGGAGAAACACUAAAUGUAAACUUCAAGUGUAAAGAGAGGAAGAACUGCUACACUGUUUUUGCCACCACGGAGCGGCUGAGGUGUUUUGAGUGCAGGGACACUGGACACAAAAGGCUGAGCUGUCUGCACGUAGCUGUGGAGCUGGGGAGCCACUCAGCUGGGAAACAGCGUUGGCAGCACAGGUACAGGCAGUGGGAGAACCCUGAGAAGCCCGAGCCUCCUGCGGGCCUCACCAGAUCCCAGACUAGCGACAGACACGAGUCACAGCCCAUAAAGGUCAGUCCUGAACACACCGUCAGCACAGGGGGACACACCAAACCUGGCGCUGAUACGAACACCAACACUACUGUAAACAGAGCGAGUGUACACCCAGAUGUCAGUACAGUAAUUGCUGCUGGCGGUAACCCUACCCCUAAAGCUGACCCCGCUUCUACAGUCUGCCCAAAAGAAGUACAGCAGCGACAGAUCAGCACAAACCCGCAGACACCUAAAAAGAGCACUACAACCAAAAACAGGGGAAAAAAGAGAGAGGAGGUGUCCACUACAAAACCCACCAAAUGCAAAACCUGCAGUCAGACUCUGAGUAGUGUAACAUGGGAGACUGUAGUAGCAGCAUGCAGCACAGGAAACACAGACACACCCAACACAGAUAUUCAGAAACAAGCAAACCAACCACAGAUACCAGAUGUAAAAAAAAAGUCACAAUAG